CGGCGGGCGGGUCCCACAGCCUUGCGCAGGCUUUGCAAGGCGGCCUAGCGAGCGCGCAGGCCCGGCGGGAGCGAGCCCCAGUGCAAUACUGCCCGAGCCCGGGCGGGGUCUCUGUUCUCUGGCAGAGGAGGUCUCUUGGCAGCGGGAAGCUCCCUCUCUUUCUCUCGCCGCCGCUCCGAGUCUGCGCCCUGGUGCCAGGCGCCCAGCUCGGCGCUGCUCGGUCCUCGCCCGGCGCCCACUCAUUCGCAGCCCGGCUCCGCCGCCGCCGCCGCCUCCCUGCUCCUCCUCCUCCUCCUCCUUUCCCCAGCCCGCCGCGGCCAUGGCGGACAGCGCCAGUGAGAGCGACACGGACGGGGCGGGGGGCAACAGCGGCAGCUCGGCCGCCAUGCAGUCGUCCUGCUCGUCGACCUCGGGCGGCGGUGGCGGGGGAGGCGGCGGCGGUGGGAAGUCGGGGGGCAUUGUCAUCUCGCCGUUCCGCCUGGAGGAGCUCACCAACCGCCUGGCCUCGCUGCAGCAGGAGAACAAGGUGCUGAAGAUCGAGCUGGAGACCUACAAACUCAAGUGCAAGGCUCUGCAGGAGGAGAACCGCGACCUGCGCAAAGCCAGCGUGACCAUCCAAGCCAGGGCUGAGCAGGAAGAAGAAUUCAUCAGCAACACUUUAUUCAAGAAAAUUCAGGCUUUGCAGAAGGAGAAAGAAACACUGGCUGUAAAUUAUGAGAAGGAAGAAGAAUUCCUCACUAAUGAGCUCUCCAGAAAAUUGAUGCAGUUGCAGCAUGAGAAAGCUGAACUAGAACAGCAUCUGGAGCAGGAGCAGGAAUUCCAGGUCAAUAAACUGAUGAAGAAAAUUAAAAAACUGGAGAAUGAUACCAUUUCUAAGCAGCUGACAUUAGAACAGUUGAGACGAGAGAAGAUUGACCUUGAAAAUACUUUGGAACAAGAACAAGAAGCACUUGUUAAUCGUCUCUGGAAAAGGAUGGAUAAACUUGAAGCUGAAAAGCGAAUCCUGCAGGAGAAAUUAGACCAGCCAGUAUCUGCUCCCCCUUCGCCUAGAGACAUCUCCAUGGAGAUCGAUUCCCCGGAAAACAUGAUGCGCCACAUCAGGUUUUUAAAGAAUGAAGUGGAGAGGCUGAAGAAGCAACUGAGAGCCGCUCAGUUACAACACUCAGAGAAAAUGGCGCAGUAUCUGGAGGAGGAACGUCACAUGCGGGAAGAGAACCUGAGGCUGCAGAGGAAGCUGCAGAGAGAGAUGGAGAGAAGAGAAGCCCUCUGUCGACAACUCUCCGAGAGCGAGUCCAGCUUGGAAAUGGAUGACGAAAGGUAUUUUAAUGAGAUGUCUGCACAAGGAUUAAGACCUCGCACUGUGUCCAGCCCGAUUCCUUACACACCAUCUCCGAGUUCAAGCAGGCCCAUAUCGCCUGGUCUUUCAUAUGCAAGUCACACAGUUGGUUUCACGCCACCGACUUCACUGACUAGAGCCGGAAUGUCUUAUUACAAUUCCCCAGGUCUUCAUGUGCAGCAUAUGGGAGCAUCCCAUGGUAUCACGAGGCCUUCACCACGGAGAAGCAGCAGUCCUGACAAAUUCAAACGGCCCACACCGCCUCCGUCUCCCAACACACAGACUCCAGUCCAGCCACCACCACCGCCACCGCCCCCUCCCGUGCAGCCCGCGGGCCCCUCCGCGGCCGCCCCGCAGCCCGCGCCGCCGCAACAUCCGGUGCAUCCCGCGCCCCAGCCUUAAUGCAUGUGCUUAGUCUGAAUCUCACGCUGGGACUCGUACAGCGGAGCCGUCUACUCAACGCCAAAGGCUUCCUUCCCUGGCAUAUUUGGAUCUGACUUAUUUGCACUGAGGUUAUCUAGGCUUCACUAUUAAAUUGUGUUGUAAAUGUUUGUCAGAAACGCAGCCGGUGUUGUGGGUCUACAACACUAAACAGACAACUUUUUCCAUCAGUGUUUUACUUGAAUCUACAUGUACAUCCAUUCCCUGGCUGGAACAUUUGCUAUUCGAUAUUUGGUAAUUCAGCAACAGUGGCAAUUUUUGCUUGGCCCCAGAGCUUCAUUUUCCUGGCUUUUAGGUUUGUAAAAUAAAAAGGGAUAUCUUUUUUAUAUUUUUUUCCAUAAAUUUGCAGAAAAAUUCUGGGUUAUUAUAUACCCCCACCACCCCCAUUAUAAUGGUGUUUACCAAACAUACCAAUAAUUUAGCACUACAAUUCAGACCUUUGGAGAUCUAGCUUUCAGUGUAGGUUGGAAAGUUAGACGGAUCAGUGCCCAAGACAAUGUAUCGUUUAAGAGAGCUUUCUACAGAUACACUUUUUAGAGGUUAUUUUCAGUAUCUCUCAACAUCCGUGUCUCUGAUGAAACAGAUAGCCUAAGGUAAUGGAUCGUAUGGCUGUACCUUUUCUGCAUACAUGGGAUGGAUAAUUAUUGUAUAUUAAGACGUCAUUCUUUCUUUAUCUUUAAUGUUAAUCUACCCAUAUUGGCCCCCUCUGAGUUAAUGUUGUCCUCCGCACUAGUGGUUGCAAUGGCUGAUUAGAACAUGCUGUUUGAUUUCUGCUGCGGAAGGCAAUGUGAUUGUAACAAAAAACAGCUAUUUUCCCUUUCUAUUCUUUGUGUUCCUCUAACAUAAAGUUCGAACAAAUAUUUUAAAGGUGCAAAAUACUAUUAGAAAAUACUAUUUGAAAUGAACAUUAUAGGAAUAUCUUGGCAUAAUGGCCACAGAAUACUUUAUCGCUUGGCAAAACAGACAUGUGGAGGAAAGCAGCACAUUAGCAUUGAUGACUGCUUAUUUCGCCCAGUAUAAGCAAGUGUAGUGUACUAAGAAGUAUAUUCUGAAUACAUUAUUUCCAUUCAUUUAGCACAAAUAAAUUGUUUGGUUUCACUUUGAAGUGGAACACUGUGAGUCGCUCUUUUCUUCAUAAUUGCAACAUCUUUAUUUUUGCUUUUCAGCAGUUACUGUUUUGUACUUCCGUAGUAAAGUGAUUUUUACCACCUGUGUUUGCAUAUUUAUAUAUGCUGUGGACGAAAAUAACUUACUAGAGAAUGUAUAUUUUAUGAUGAGAAUGUGUAUCUGUUGGAUAUAAUCAGAGAACUGAAAAUUAAUUUAUCAGUAAUUUUUAAGAGUCCAUGUUUUGUGACAACCAUCUCUAAUAGCUAGCUCUUUACUGAACACACUCCUAAAAAAUAAGGAACCAUAACAUUGUAGAUAUUUGAUAUUGUACAGUAUAGAAACCUCCAUUUUUGCCUUCAAAUGCAUAUUUAAGAGUUACAGAAUGAAAAAAGUCUUGUUGGAUAAUAGUGUUUGGCUAGCAUUUUAAGAACUUGAGAGUAAAAGCAACAAUAGGAUUUUCACCUCUUCCUACUUCCACCCCUAAAUGGAGAAUGUCACUCCUCAGUCAUUUGGGAGAGAUCAUACGUCUCUAUAAAUUUUACUUAAAAUACCUAUGUAAUAUAUGUAAUCAUAGUACAGUUCUCACAUAUUGGCAAGAAGUUUGACAUGUAAUUAUAGCUUUAGACUUUAGUUUUUUAAUUCAAUCAGAUGGUAUGAUAGGAAACCCGGGAAUUUCACUCGCAGUUCACUGUCCCUCUGGGGACAUUGCCAGUCCAAGGAAUUCAGAGAGUAGGCAAACACAUUUUGCCUCCAUGGUGCAUUCUUGGUUUUUUUUAUAGGAGAAAUUCGGUGUAUGUUUACAAGGAUAGUUUACGAGAGGACGGAUUUAAGGGCUGUUGGGUAGUAUCUUGCACUCAAACAGGGAAGUCCUUAUGUAAUGAUCUCUCCACUUCCGUCAAUUUAGUUACCUCCUGAAAGCACAAAAGUCAAAACAUUGCCAUAUGGUGAACGAAAAAGCACUUGGCGCAAACAGUCCCUGAGAAGAUGCCUUUUCGAGGCAGGUUCUUGGCAUUCAGACUGCAGAAAUGCAGUGCUGCUUCCCCUAAACUAGUCGUUUUCAUUUCGGAGUAAAUCACAGCUCCUUUUCCAACAUAAAUCUAGUUACCUCUCCCUGCAGACAUUUCAGAAUUGACAGAACAAACACUACUAUUUUGAAUUGAUGCUGUUCCAUGUCUUUCUAAAGUGUUUUAUGAGCCCAGGUGGAGUCUGUCACACCUGGGCAGUACCUGCUAGGGUGAUCUCUUGACAAUUGUUUAGCUACCAGGGACCCACAAGGUUCAGAACCUUAGCCCAUCAAGGCAUGAGCCCUUCGCCCAUGGAAAGCUGACUCUGUGGGCAUUUCUCACGGGCUGACCUGCCAUUCCUGUUGCCCACUUGCCAGGGUAACCCUGAACUGACUCCCCAAAGGCCUUCGUAGAACCAGUAGCCAUUCCAAAGGCAAGUGGGAGCAAAGGUAGCUUCAGGAGCUUCAGCUUCCUGUCUUACGGACAGAGACCCUUGGCUACCACUGUGCUGCUAAUGGGAUAAGUACUCCUUUGCCAGAUUGCCAUGCCUUUUUUACAAAACCAAAUUAGCCUACCUAAUACCUGACACCUCUCUGGGCUCUGAACUGCUUUCUCUUAUCAAACAGGCUGGCAUUCUGCACAGAAUCCUAGAAUUUUGGCAGAUGGUGGAAGUGUUUAAGAUUUAAUUUAACCUGUUCCUUUUUUAAUGUAAAGGAGUUUUAAGUUCUGAGGUCCUGAGAUACCACAACCAUGGAAUGAAUGUAUAACCAGAGUGUGGCUUUGACACCAAGUGCUGCUGUUCCUUAGUAAGUGGCUUCUGAUUUGAGCAGAAAUAAUUGAUAAUAGGAAUUUUUAUUAACUGUUCAACUAGAACAUGUAUCACCCUUUGUUAGGUAGACACAAACUUUUCCUGCACGAAGCCUUGCUUGUAGAGGGUGCCCAAUAAGGCAAGAAAAAGCAGAGUGACUUGUGCUUUGAGAGCUCAGUAUUUUUAUCUUUCCAGUACAGAAGAAAUAUUUCUGUGUAACUCCAUCUUCUGUCUAGUACUUGUCUUAAUAGGUAACCACACUGAAAACUUUGUAGUGAUGACUACCAAAGAAAUACAUAGUAAAACAACCUUUUAUUUCCAAAUUAUUAAAGAGCCAGCCAUUGACGCUGCUACAUGAGUUCCAUGCUUAAGAGCCAUUGUAAGAGAUUAAGGGGUUUUUAGGGUUUUUUUUUUGUCAAGUUUUUCUUUUCUUUAUUUUUUGAGGAAACAUACACACACAGCUGUCAGCAUAGAAUUGUGGGAAGCAUUUUCCAGAAUGCUCAGCAGUUGUGGUUUAACUGCCAAGCCCUGGUUGCCUCUCCAUAGGCAGUGAAAGGAAUCCUAUGUCCGUGAUAGUGUGGGUGCUGUGUGUGUGCACGUGCGUGUGUGCAUUCAUGCCUUAACUCGGGUUACUGCUCAACUUUAUUCUUGACUUGGUCUGCACCAUCAUCUAGAUUGUAUGUACAUCUCGAUCUGAACUUCAUCCUGGCAAAAACAAAGUUGCAGGCACAAGAGUUUAAGAGUGCAUUCUUCCAAAAGAGUAUUUGAUCAGGUUGACCCUGAGCUUUCUUGGGACUAUAUUUGGAACUCAGCUUGGAAAGCAAAAGUGGACUGUCAAGUGGAAAGACAUCAACAAGGAAGAGAGGAGAGCCAAGUGCUAGCAUGUCUUUUGCUUCUGCAUAUCCGUGCACACUGUAUGUUGUUCAUGAUAGCUUGUCUACAACUUGACUAGGUUGGAGUUCUGGUAAUAGUGGCAAUCUUGACAUACUUGGUCAGAGUUUAGAGAGAUGUAAGACUUCCAAUUAAUGUCUUAUUUACUUUAUGUUGAUUAGUCUUUGAUACAUGUGCUGAAUCAGAAACCUAAAUAAAGAUAAUUUUUUUAAAUGGA